CCUCGGACACAGCGGAUCACCGAUCCACAGAAAGAGCUGAAGAUGUCGGCUCGGUCAUGUGAUCAGCUGUGUCCAUUCACAGCUGAUCACAUGGGACAUGUACACUGAUCAUCAGGGCACUGAUGAUCAGUGUGCCCUGAUGAUCAGUGUGGCCCCAGAAGUGUCACCUGUCAGUGUCCAUCAGUGCCAGCUGCCAGUGCUGAACAGUGCCACGUGCCAGUGCCACAUCAAUGCCACAUAUCAGUGCCCAUCUGAGCUGCCUUUCAGUGUCACCCAUCAGUGCCAGUCAGUGCCACCUAUCCAUGCCAAUCAGUGCCACCUAUCAGUGCUGCCAGUCAGUGCCGCCUAUCAGUGCCAUCUAUCAGUGCCCGUCAGUGCCACCUAACAGUGCUGCCUAUCAGUACCAUAUAUCAGUGCUGCCUUUCAGUGCCCAUCAGUGAUGCUUGUCAAUGCCCAUCAGUGCCACAUACCAGUGCCUCCUCAUCAGUG